GAUACAGUGACCUUGGAGGAUGUGCAUGUCAAUUUCACCCAUGAAGAGUGGGCUUUGCUGGAACCUUCCCAGAAGAGUCUCUACGAAGAUGUGAUGCUGGAAACCUGCAUGAACCUCACUGCUAUAGGCUACAAAUGGGAAGACCAGAAUAUUGAAGAACAUUAUCAAAGUUCUAGAAGACAUGAAAGGUAUCUCAUCUGUCCUUCUGGCUACAAAUCAUUUGAACAUAAGGGAUAUGGGAAGAAGCAAUGUACCUCUUUCGGAGUGCCCACUAUGAGAAGACUUGGUGAAUGUGAUACAAGUUUACAAUUAAUUGGUUUUCCAACUACACUGGGAAUACAUCAACAAACUCACACUGGAAAAAAACCUUAUGAUUACAAGGAAUGUGGGAAUUCUUCUGUCUGUACUGGUUCACUUUGCAAAUGUAGUGUGACCCACAGUAUAGAACAAUGUUAUGCAUGUAAUCAGUGUGGUAAAACUCUGAGUUCUUCCAGUUGUGUUCAAAGAUGUAAAACUCAUAUGGGAAGAGGAAGUGAUAAAUAUGACCCAUGUACUAUAGACUUGAACCAUCAUUGGUAUCUUCAGACAGACAAAAGAACCCAUAAUGAAGAGGAUCUUUAUGAAUAUAAUCAACAUGAUAAAGACUUUAGAUCUGAUUCCUCUUUACAGUUACACCAAAGAACUCAUUUGGAAGUAGAAUCCUAUAAAUAUAAUCAAGGUGCAAAAGACUUUGAACAUUACAGUUGCUUUCAAGUACAUAGAAUACAUACUGAUGAGCAACCAUGUGAAUGCAAUCAAUGUGGUAAAGCCUUUGCCAGUUGCCAUAAUCUUAAAAUACCUGAAAGAAUCCUUACAGGAGAGAAACCCUAUGUAUGUAAUCAAUGUGGUAAAACUUUUGUAAGUCGCCAUAAUCUUAAAAUACAUGAAAGAAUUCAUACUGGAGAGAAACCCUAUGUAUGUAAUCAAUGUGGUAAAGCCUUUGUAUAUUUAACUAGUCUUCGAAAUCAUGAAAAAACACAUACUGGGGAGAAACCCUAUGUAUGUAAUCAAUGUGGUAAAGCCUUUGCCUGUCGCAGUAAUCUUCAAAUACAUGAAAGUACUCAUACAGAUGUGAAACCCUACAGAUGUAAUCAAUGUGGUAAAGCCUUUGCACAUAUAAUUUAUCUUCAAAGGCAUGAAAGAAGUCAUACUGGAGACAAACCAUUUGAAUGUAAUCAAUGUGGGAAGAGCUUUACCCAUUUCAGUCGUCUUCAAAAACAUUUCAAAAUUCAUAGUGGAGAGAAACCCUAUGAAUGCAGUCAAUGUGGUAAAGCCUUUGGAAGUCGCAGUAAUCUUCAAACACAUGAAAGAAUUCAUACUGGAGACAAGCCCUUUGUGUGUAAUCAGUGUGAUAAAGCCUUUGUAAGUCGCCGUAAUCUUCAAAUACAUGAAAGAACUCAUACAGGAGAGAAACCUUAUGAAUGUAAUCAGUGUGGUAAAGCCUUUGCACAUUUCACUAGUGUUCGAAAUCAUGAAAAAAUUCAUACUGGAGAGAAACCCCAUGUAUGUAAUCAGUGUGGUAAAGCCUUUGCAUGCCGCAGUAAUCUUCAAAUACAUGAAAGUACUCAUACAGGAGUGAAACCCUACAGAUGUAAUCAAUGUGGUAAAGCCUUUGCACAUAUCAUUUAUCUUCAAAGGCAUGAAAGAAGUCAUACUGGAGACAAACCAUUUGAAUGUAAUCAGUGUGGGAAAGGCUUUACACAUUUUAGUCGUCUUCAAAAACAUUAUAAAAGCCAUAGUGGAGAGAAACUAUAUGAAUGUAAUAAAUGUGGUAAAGCCUUUGGAAGUCACAGUAAACUUCAAACACAUGAAAGAAUUCAUACUGGAGAGAAGACCCAUGUAUGUAAUCAAUGUGGUAAAGCCUUUGUAAGUCGCCGUAAUCUUCAAAUACAUGAAAGAAUUCAUACUGGAGAAAAACCCUAUAUAUGUGAUCAGUGUGGUAAAGCCUUUGCACAUUUCACUAGUUUUCGAAAUCAUGAAAAAAUUCAUACUGGGGAGAAACCCCAUGUAUGUAAUCAGUGUGGUAAAGCCUUUGCCUGUCGCAGUAAUCUUCAAAUACAUGCAAGUACUCAUACAGAUGUGAAACCCUACAGAUGUAAUCAAUGUGGUAAAGCCUUUGCACAUCACAAAAGCCUUCAAAAACAUGAAAGGUGUCAUACUGGAGAAAAACCCAAUGAAUGUAAUUGAUGCAGUAAAACUUUGCAGGUCAUUGUAAUUUUCACACAUCAAAGAAAUAAUAGUGAAGAGAAAACCUAUAAAUAUCAAUGUGAUAAUGCCUCUUUAUGUUACAGUCAUUUUCAAAGGCACAACAGGGUUACUCUUGGAGAGAAACAUCAUGAAUCUAGUAAAUUAAGUAAAGUUUCACACACCACAUACAUUGUUCUCACUGAGCUGUCUCACUGGUGCUCAAGUAAAAUUAGUAGAAGCAUUCUAUCAGUCAAAUAUUGUCUUUUUUUCAAAUUGUAAACAAAUUGUCAUCCAAGGAUAGAGGAGUACAGAAUAAUUGCUGUUAUUGAAUAAUAAAACUUAUUUGAAGUGUCAACUUCACUUCUUUACAAAUGAAAAUAGUAUUUAUCCUGCCAUCCAGUGUUUUAAUUGUGUUAGUUUAUUCUAAGGGCUAAAUGCUUGUUCCUAACACUUGCUCAGAUACACUAAUGAAUGGCAGAGAAUUGUCUCAGUGUGUGAAGGUUGUUGCUGCUAAGACUGAUGACCUGAGUUCAGUCUCUGGGAUAUACACAUUACUCAUACCAGUUUUUCUCUGAUUACUACACUUGGGCUGGGACAUAUGCACAGCACACACACACACACAUCAAUAUUUUUGAAACUGAAAUAAGAAAUUAGUGAAAUAACUCACCUGCUUAAGGCAUUUGCUCCCAAACUUGACUACCUCAGUUUGAUCUCUAGUAGUGACAUAGUGGAAGUAGAGAAUACACACUUGUAAGUUGUCUGUUGCCUGGCACAUGCACAACAUGGCACAAGUGUUUACAUACUGGUAAAAGUUUCAAUAGAGAUGAAAUUAACAAGCAAAGAAAAUAACCAAAAUAUUGAGAACACAAAUACAUCGUAGCAUUGCAUGACAUGUCACUGUUUAAUAAAAUAAUGAUAGUUUCUGUUUACAUCUUACAUUAUUUGUCUCUGAGUAAAAGGUAGGUCAUUUUAUAAACAUAUUUGAACUGGGUGUAGUGGUGCAUUUUGGAGACAGGCAAAUGGAUCUUGCUGAGUUUGAGGCUAUCAUGGUCCACAUAAUGAGAUCCUGGAUACUCAUGGCCAUAUAUUGAGAUCCUGUCUCAAAAAACCCAAAAGAAAAUUUAAGUAACUGUAACAUAUCACAUUAUAGAAUUUUCCUAACUUAAUCUGGCUUCAUCUCUACUCAACUUAACCCUUCAUUGUCUUCACUCACAUCAAGAGAACUAUAUUAAGAAUGACUAUAAGAAGCAAUGUGCAGAGUCCAUUCUCAGAAAUAAAGAAACCCAUUUAGUCUUUCAAUGACCAUGUAGCAGGGAUUUUCAUUACCUCCAAGUAAAAGAAGAUAGAAGGAGUCAUGGGACAUCUUCAUCUUCUGAAUUAUAAUGACCUAUUUGGGCCAUGAACAGUUGCCUCAGUACUUCUGGUAUAAGAUAUUCAAGCACCUUUUUGUUUCCUAGCACCCACAUCAGAUGGCUCAGAACUACUUGUAAUUCCAGUUCUAGGAGAGCUGAUGCAUUCAUCUGGCUUCCUUGGGUAACAAAUAUGCAAAUGGUGUAAAGAUAUAAACAUUUUAUAUAUUUUUAUAUAUUGUAAUUUUUUCAAUUAUAAAACUUGAAGAAAGUCCUUUUACAAAUAUGGAGUCAUACACACACACACACACACACACACACACACACACACACACACAUCUAUGUAUGUAUAGUUCAGAUACAUCUGUGAGAGAAACUACAUAUUGUAAAAAGGUCCUUCAUUUUUUUUCUUUUCUUUUUUUUUUUUUUACAAGUUUAAAUAAAAAUUUAACUUAUGUAUAUUGUUGGAACAUGGUCCUGGAACUGAAUAAUGUGAGAUUUCUGAAUGCUUGUGAGAAUACUCCCAAUAAUAAAAGAAAUGAGUCUUGUGA